AUGAAAUCCAUCAUAAUUCUCGCCGGUCUGUUGGGCUUUGCCCUCGCCGAUCCCUUGUAUGGGGCAACCGCGUUCAACUACCACGAGAGGUUCGGCAUUCCUGCUGCUGAGAGGAUCAGACAGGCUGAAUAUGACCUCGAUAGCUCCAGAAUCGCUGGUGGAGAGGAAUCGCAGUUAGGGAAGAACCCGCACAUGGGCGGCAUCGUGAUUGCUCUGAGCAGAGGAACUUCCGUCUGUGGAUCUUCUCUUCUGUCCAACACCAAAGCUGUCACAGCCGCUCACUGCUGGUUCGACGGCACCAACCAGGCAAGUCGCUUCACCAUGGUGUUCGGUUCCAUGCGUCUCUUCUCUGGAGGAGUGAGAGUGUCAACAGAGGAUGUAGUGACACAUCCCACAUGGAACCCUAAAACUGUUGAUAGCGAUAUCGCCGUUGUUACUUUCAUCAACGUACCAUACAGUAAUAACAUCCAACCUAUCGCAUUGGCCACUGGAGAAGAUCUUUACGUUGGAGAAUGGGCUGUCGCUGCCGGUUACGGAAUAAACUCUGACUCUCAGGUUGGUAUUUCGACAAUCACAGUGCAGAAACACGUCAGUCUCCAGGUGAUUUCAAAUGCUGAAUGCCGUCGCACCUACCGCUUUAUCUCGGACUCAAUUCUUUGUGUCGCUACUCAAGGCAACAGUACAUGCGCGGGAGAUUACGGUGGACCCCUCUCCAUCGGUGAAGGAGAAGAAAGGGUUUUGAUUGGUGUAACAUCAUUCGGCCACGCUGAUGGUUGUGAAAAGAGCAUGCCAGCAGGAUUUGCACGAAUCACCUCAUUCAGAAAAUGGAUAGAAACUCGGCUGUAA